GAAGUGACGUACCGGAGUUCGGCGUGUGGUUCCGCGGGCGCGGAGGGACCGGGCCCGGCCGGGGCCGGGAUGGACCCGGCAGCCGAGCACCGGCAGCAGCUCCGCAGCCUGCGGGACUUCCUGCUGGUCUACAACCGCAUGACCGAGCUCUGCUUCCGCCACUGCGUCUGCAACCUCAACUACCGGCUGCUCACGGGCCGCGAGGAGUCGUGCCUGGACAGCUGCGCCGCCAGGCUGGUCCGCGCCAACCACCGCCUGAUGGGCGCCUACGUGGGGCUGGUGCCCGCGCUGCUGCAGCGCCGCGCCGCCGAGCACGCGGCUGCCGCACCGCCGGCCGCCCCUGAGCCGGCGCCGGGCCCCGCGGAGCCCGCGGAGGGCGCUCCCGCUGCCGGCACGUAGCAGCAGCUGGCCGCAGCUCCCCGCGGCCGUCGGACGCGACUGGCGGCAGCCCGGCCCGCACCGGCCGGAGCGGCUGCAUCCCUGCUGCACGGAGCCCCAGGCCGGAGCAGCACCCGCGCUGGGCCCCGGGAGCCCCGAGCAGCAGCGGCUGGGCUGUGCCGGGCACCAGGGAGGGGGGCACUGGAACAGGGGGAAGGCCCCCCUAGCCCUCCUGGUUGUGGAUUUCUGGGCAGUGGACUGUGAGUACCAAUAAAACAUCUUCACAGUAA